AUGACUCAAAAUAUGGAAGUAGACUUCGAUGUUCCCAAGUUCUUGAACGAGGAAAGACAAAAGACGCCUGCUCAACUCCAACAUUACUAUACUACAUUUGAAGAUCUCUAUGAAAGAAAGUUAUGGCAUCAAUUGACCACCAAGGUUUUGGAAUUCUUCAAGGAACCUGAAUCUGCUCCUUAUCAAAUCUCACUCUUUCAAAACUUUGUUGCUGAAUGGGAGGACAAAACCAACAAAUUAUCACUCGUCUCUAUUGCUCUUCAGGCUGCAAAGCAAUUCUCUGACUUGAACGAAUCUGUCAGCUUUUUGGAUGAAAUCAUUAAAAAGGUCGAUACACCUGAAACCAAAGAUGUCUACGUCCUUGCACUUAUGGAGUCAGCACAGUUCAAACUAAAGUUAAAUCAAACAGACGACGUAAAGAAGGCCAUUGAUGAAUCGGAAAAGAUUUUGGAUGGAUUUGAUAGUGUCGAUACAGCUAUUUAUGCCAAUUUCUAUCGUGUCAGCGCUGAAUAUUACAAGGUCAAGGCCAACUAUGCUCAAUACUACAAGAGUGCAUUGUUGUAUUUGGCUUGCGUCGACGUUGAAGAGUUGAAUAUGAAUGAUAGAAUUGAAAGAGCUUAUGACCUUUCUCUGUCUGCAUUGUUGGGUGACAUGAUUUAUAACUUUGGUGAAUUGUUAAUGCACCCUAUCCUCGACUCUCUUACUGGCACUGAGCACGACUGGCUUCGUUCCUUAUUAUUCGCCUUCAAUGCUGGUGAUAUUGGCAAAUUUGAAGCAUUGGUACCUCAUUUUACAAAACAACCUUUACUCCAACAAAACCAAGGCGCACUCAGAAGAAAAAUCUGUUUAAUGUCUUUGAUUGAGGCCGUUUUCAGACGCUCCACAGAUAACCGCUCUAUUCCCUUCUCUGAAAUUGCAGCUGAAACUCGUUUAUCCGUUGACGAAGUUGAACAUUUAGUCAUGAAGGCAUUGUCUUUGAAAUUGAUCCGUGGUUCUAUCGAUCAAGUGGAUCAAAUUGUUGUUGUUACCUGGGUUCAACCUCGUGUUCUUGACAGAGAUCAAAUUGAAGGCAUGAGACGUAAGCUCACAGAAUGGGAUAAUCAAGUCAAAAAGAUCAGUGCUUUUGUUGGCGAACAAGGUGGUGAAGUCUUUGCUCAGUAG